AUGGCCCCCAAGCCCGCUUCCACCGCCGGCAAGGCUCCCUCGUCGCAGGCCGGCAAGGCGCCCGCCAAGGCCCCCGAGGCGGCCAAGAAGACGAGCAAGGCUGCCAAGCCCGCCGGCGACAAGAAGAAGCGCAACAAGGUCCGCAAGGAGACGUACAGCACCUACAUCUACCGCGUCCUCAAGCAGGUCCACCCCGACACGGGCAUCAGCAACAAGGCCAUGGCCAUCCUCAACUCGUUCGUGCAGGACAUCUUUGAGCGCAUCGCUGCCGAGGCCUCGAAGCUCGCGUCGUACAACAAGAAGUCGACGAUCUCGUCGCGCGAGAUCCAGACUGCCGUGCGCCUCAUCCUCCCCGGCGAGCUGAGCAAGCACGCCAUCUCCGAGGGCACCAAGUCGGUGACGAAGUUCAGCAGCAGCAAGUAA